ACGCGUUCCGCCCUAAGGGCUUUGCUCUGGACAGGGGCUCAGUGCGUCAUUUGCAAUGUGGAGACUGUUGAUCAGCUCGCUAAUUACACCUCUCUCUCUGUUCCUCUCUCUCUUCCUCUCUCUCCCACCCUCUCUCAUUCGCCCUCUCUCUUCCAUUCCCAGAGUGCAUAUCGGGAAUAGACACACAAAGACAUGCGCACUCAACUUAAUCAGCCAUUUUUUUAAACAGGGCUAAAACGAUAAUAAUUAGCAGAAUAAAGACAUAUCGGAUUUUCCUUUCCUUUCCGCAGUUUCUCGACCGCUCCACAACCGAACUGAGAGGCUGCAGUCGAGACAUCUUUCACCGCUCGGACCCAAAGGAUAGCUUUCAUACCGCUUGCCAUUUUGUAUGUUUAUUUUUUUUCAAUAAAGUUGGGAGGAUUAUACAUUUUUUCCCCUUUUUCCAUUUUUGUGUUAUCAUAUUUCGCAACUAUUGGAUGUGACUUUGUUUUCAAACCAAAAACAGGAGAAGAAAGGGAACGAACUGCGGGGGGUAGAAAGUCCCUGUCCGGCUGGAUGAGAUGAGAGCCCCAUGUAGCGGUCGCCAUGGCAACCUGUGACUCCCCUUCUAUGGUCUUGCGGCAGGAAAAUGGUCAGAAGCUGUUGUUGCUGCCAACAGGGCCGCGUGACGCAGAGAAGACCGAGAGAGACCGAACUGCAGUUGCCGCUGGGAUGGAUCCCAACUCUGACACCAAUCACACCGUCGCUGCACCAGAGCACAGCCCAGCUUCCCCCAAUAAUACCACAGACACCGGCAGCCCGCUGAAGACUGAGCAGCACAGCCGCAUAGAAAGCUUUACCGGAAACGGGACUGUUACCGGGACCGGGAUUAUUGUAUUGGGUACGGACCAUGCCCACACUGCUGCUUCACUGGUGGCCCCAGUGAAGGAGAUCCCCUGUAACGAAUGUUCCACCUCCUUCUCCAGUUUACAGCAGUACAUGGAGCACCACUGCCCCAACACUCGUCUGCCUAACGCAGCAGGGCGGGAAGAGGAGGAGGAGGAGGGCGAGAGUGAGGGAGAGGGGAAGCCUGAUGUAGUGGCGGAGGUGUGUGAAAGAGACAGCGAGAUGGAGGAUGAGUUAGAAGAUAGUGACGUAGAGAACCUGUGCGGCGAGAUCGUCUACCAGCCCGACGGAUCUGCCUUCAUCCUGGAGGACUCCAAAGAGCAUCGCAGUGGUGCCUCCCAGGGGCUUCUGUCCCUCAGCCCCCACAAUCCCACCGCUGCCACCAAUAAUGCACAUAGCGGUUUGACGGCCCAUGGGGGGGAUCAGGACCAGGCGGAGCUGCCUGCAACUGCACCCAUGUCCUUCUGCCCACAGGUCAUCAACACUUUCCACAUUGCGUCAUCCCUCGGGAAAGCAUUCCCGGGUGACCCAGUGGCAAAAUCGUCAUUCCCAAAUACCUCAGCAUUCGUAGGCGCGAGCGGCCCGGUGUUGCACAGUUUCCGCGUCUACGACCUUCGCCACAAGAACGACAAAGACUAUUUGACGGUCGACGGCGCAGCCAAAAACUCCUGUGUGUCCAAAGAUGUUCCCAACGAUGUGGACUUGUCCAAGUUCCAGGGCUGUGUGAGUGAUGGACAGAGGAAGCCAGUGCUCAUGUGUUUCCUCUGCAAGCUGUCGUUUGGCUACAGCCGGUCGUUUGUGACGCAUGCCGUCCACGACCACCGGAUGACGCUCAACGAGCAGGAGCAAAAGCUCCUGAGCAACAAGCACGUCUCUGCCAUCAUCCAGGGGAUUGGCAAGGACAAAGAACCUCUUAUAAGCUUUCUGGAACCAAAAAAAUCCACCAACUCUGUGCUACCCCACUUUUCUACUGCCGCUAGCUUCCUGGGUCCCGAUUCAGGGUUCCACGGCCUGUGGAACACGUUCCAUGCUGAGAACACUGAUUCCCUCCAGGCCGGGUUUGCUUUCCUGAAAGGGAGCGUGAGCUCUAACCCCGCCAACCAAACCCCCAGAACCCCACCAAUGCCAAAGGCCGAGACCCAUCCAAAUAUCGGGGGUGUGACCGGAACCUCCCUCAGAACCCACGCCAGUUCUGCUUCCCUUAUUCACUCAUCUCCCAUGGCGACUGUCUUGGAGCGGGAUUCUCCCGAGAGCGACUGCGAGGGCUUUCCUCCAUGCACUUUGCAUCCCAACGGACCCGGGUCGGACCUGAACUCAUACCCGCUGAUCAAACGUGAGCCUGCUGCAGAAGGAGGACAGAGUCCAGAAGAAGACAGGGACGACAUUUACUUCAAUGGAGGGGUGGAGAUUGAGACAGAGGAUGACGAACCGGCUGGCGACAGCACUAGUAGCAAAGAUUUCCCUAUUUUAAACCAAAGCAUUUGCCACAUGUCUAACAGCGUGCUGAAGUACAGCGUCAACAAAGGCCCCUUGUCCUUCUCUUCCUCCUCCCGUGAGGAGAUGGAGAAGAAUCAGAUAAACUCAGACCUAGCCAGAGAUAGAGAUAGCAGUAACGACUCAUCCAGUGAAGUCCUGGCUGGUCCAGAUGGCUCUUCCCCCUCCUCUCACCUGAUGAUGCCACGAGACGAAGAGAGUCCGGGACCCCUGCACCAGCAUGGGGGAAACCCUGGCACUCCUGGCACACCGGGUACCCCUGGACAAGGCGAGGGGUCCCCAGGCAGUUGCAUUGAGUGCCCUAAAUGUGACACGUUGCUAGGGUCCUCCCGAUCCUUAGGAGGGCACAUGACCAUGAUGCACUCUCGUAACUCCUGCAAGACACUGAAGUGUCCCAAGUGUAACUGGCACUACAAGUACCAGCAGACACUGGACGCCCACAUGAAGGAGAAGCACCCAGAGUCUGGAGGGUCCUGUGUGUACUGUCGUACUGGGCAAGCUCACCCACGCCUGGCCCGGGGAGAGAGUUAUACAUGUGGAUACAAGCCGUUCCGCUGCGAGGUGUGUAACUAUUCCACCACGACCAAGGGCAACCUGAGCAUCCACAUGCAGUCGGACAAGCACCUGAACAACGUUCAGACCCUGCAGAAUGGGGGCACUGAACCUCAGUACACCCACACUCACACACACAGCCACAGCCACACCCACUCCCCCUGCCAUAGCCAUGCCAAGCCCAUGCCCAGCAGCAGCCUGGCGGGGGGCUGUGGUACCCCCUCGCCGUCCAAGCCCAAACAGAAGCCCAUGUGGCGUUGUGAGGUGUGUGACUACGAGACCAACGUGGCGAGGAACCUACGCAUCCACAUGACCAGUGAGAAACACAUGCACAACAUGAUGCUGCUGCAACAGAACAUGAAGCAGAUUCAACACGGUCUGCACCUGGGUCUGGCCCCGGCCGAGGCUGAGCUCUACCAGUACUACCUGGCUCAGAACAUCAGCCUGACCGGGGUCAAGCUGGAGAGCCCCGGCCCAGACGCCCAGAUGAUUAUUAACCCUUUCCAGCUGGACCCCAAUACGGCUACUGCACUCAGCUCUGGGCUAGUGAAUAAUGACUUGUCUGCGGAGCUGCGUCUGGCCAGUGGUCAGCUGAUGGCUGACGACCUGUCCGUCCUCUCCGGCGGCAGUGGCGAGCUCUCCCCACCCAUCAGUGACCCGUCGGUCCACAUCUACCAGUGUUCCAUCUGCAGUCGCUUCACCUCCGACAGCCUUGAGGCGCUGGGCGCCCACGUCAACGCGGAACGCACCCUGCCCGAGGACGAGUGGCGUGGCAUUGUGGGAGAUGUGUACCAGUGCAAGCUGUGCACCUACAACACCCAGCUCAAGGCCAACUUCCAGCUGCACUGUAAGACAGACAAACACAUGCAGAAGCAUCAGCUGGUGGCGCACAUCAAGGAAGGAGGGAAAGCCAACCAGUGGAGGUUGAAGUGCGUCGCCAUCGGCAACCCCGUGCAUCUGAAGUGCAACGCGUGCGACUACUACAGCAACAGUGUGGAUAAACUGCGGCUGCACGCCACCAACCAACGACACGAGGCUGCCAUUAGGCUGUACAAGGUACCGUUCAAUUCCGUUAUGACAUCCUCCACAACCGUACUGGUAGACACACAGCAGCUAUCAACUCACAAACCAACACAGCAUCACCGUGGUAACAAGCCUAGGCCACCUUAAUAACAUGAUGCACCGAACUGGUAGACACAGGUACUGGUACUGGUACUCCCUCACUCCUCUAUUUCCCUACUCCCUCUAUCCUCUACUCCCUCUAUCCUCUAUUCCCUACUCCCUCCAUCCUCUA